GGACAUUAUCUAAAUGCGCAUGCCAAAACCCCAGACUUUGCUACCCCUAGAAAACAGAUAUUCGCAUACGGGGUUGUGGGAUACCCAGUCCAUCGGUCAUCGACGUUUCGCGAGUUCUAAAAAUUUUCACGAUUUUAUUUUAAAGCACCACAUCUUAGCACAAUAACAAAAGAUAUUUUAAAGCUCAUCUCUAACGUGUUUAAUUAAAAAUAAUUUUUUUUAUUUGGCUGUUAUAAGCUCUCUAAGUUGUUUAUUAUUCAAAUCAAGUGACCACUAUACUAGUUAUUGAUUCCUGAGUCAUUGCAUUUUACACCGCUUAAUAUUAUUUUAUUAUUUAUUUAUUUAUUCAACUUUCUAUAUAUUUCAUAUAUUACAAAGUAUUACUUUUUUUUUACCAGCCAUUUUGUACAGCUUAUUUUUUACACUACAGAAAGAAAAAUUAAAUUUAAUAAAUUUAAAUUAAGUGAAAAAAAAAAUAAUCAAAAUGAAAGUUGGAUUGUUGAAAAAUUUUUUGCAUUGUUUCAAUUUGAAACAAGGUACUUUAUUAAUUGCCAUCUUACAACUGUUCAUAUCAGGAAUUAUUAUGACUUUCUUCCUGUUGGCUUUGGCACACGCAAUGGACAUACAAGAAAUGGUUGCCAGAGACUCUGAAGAGGCACUUGAACGUGAAGCUAUGGAAGCUAUAUCAUCAAUGCAUCAAAAUACCAAAAGAAUGGAUAUUGCCCAUCAUAAUGCAACAGAAAAAGUUUAUUCAAUGUAUUGUGGAUUAGUCAUAUCAGUGAUACAUUUUAUAUCAACAAUAUUGCUCCUCUAUGGAAUUUUAAUCAACAAUCGUCAUUUUAUGGCACCUUGGAUGAUGGUAAUGAUGACAACAAUCGUUGCUCUAUUCUUAUCAUUAUUCCUCGUACAACAAGACUGUCCUUUUAUUGCAAUACUCGGUGGUAAAGCUGAUAUGACUGAACGAAUCGUCGUUCUAUUUUUAAUAACAAUAUGUUUAUAUAUAUGGUUUGUCGUCUACAGUACAUACAAGAGUUUAGAAAUCAAAAAAGGAGGAAUUACACAUGAAAUUCAUAAUGUUAAGAAAAGUAAAUAUGCAUUAACACCUGGUGAAGGUACAAGUAAUGGGAAAGUACGCUUACAUUCUGGUACUCAAAUUCCCUAUGAAGUUUAAGACAAUAUUAACUUAAUGUAAUAAUAAUGAUAAUAAUAAUAAAUAUAUUGAUUUUAAAAAAUUCAAGAUCUACAAAAAUGAACAAUUUUAUGUCAAAAAAUUUUAUAAUUCUUAUGGCUACUUGUGUGUAUUUUUUGUUACCUAACUAAGUCAAAACAAACAUUAAAUAAUAACGAAUAUAAAUAUAUAUGAAUGAAUAAUCAUUGUCUGGAGCAGCAUAUGCAAAGUAAAUAAAUAAAACGGAAAGUAGAAUGAGAAACUUUGAUACGCAAAUAUAUAAUGUAGAGGCACGUAAUGCGUUCAAUUAAUUGUUAUUAAUUGACUGUUACCUUUAUUUUGAUAUGUAAUUAUGUUAUGGCUAUUUGGCUUCUGUUAUCUUUUUACACGAUAAAAAAAAUAAUUUUAAUGUUAAAAAUACAGUCAAUCGGAUUUAUUUAUCCAUUGAGUACAAAAAUGUGUUCUCCAUAAAAUAAUUUUAGGCUUAAGAUUUUUUCACGUAAACGAAAUAAAUAAUAAAUUAAUUAAAACAUAAGGUAUUGAGGAGUAACUUGAAGUUUUAAAUCUAAUUAUCUUUGUUUAGAUUCAUUUUUAAAGAAAUUUUGUAAUUGAAUUUUAAAGUUAAGCAUAUUAUAUGUAUUUUAAAUGUGAAAAUUUUAAAAAGCCUGCAAUAAGUAGAUUAGCUUCUCGUCCUUCUUCUUCUACUUCUUCGACUUAUUAUUGUUAUUCAGUAAGUGUAUUAUGAAUGUGCGAUCUAUUUAUUAAUAAAGCUUACAAUAUAUAAUAUUAAAAA